CCCAAAUCCAACCACAAUGUCAUCGCCAUCACAAUCAACCUUCACCCCCCUCCUCCCCUCCCAACCGCUCCCGCCAGAUGGCCCCGUCCGCUUCCCCUUCCACCCCCCGAGCCUCUCCGCCAUGCUCCGCGACAACAUGACCCUAAGCAGCUGGCUCCUGAGCGGCGCCCUCCUCCAGGGCGUAGCCUGGAGUCUCCUCGGCCCGAAAUCCCUCAUCCCGCCCACCGUCAUCCUCCUGUACCGCGUGAUCGACCACCUGCUAAUGGCCGCGCACAUCACCCGCAACCGCUACAUGGACCACACCCUGCAGACCAAAUUCUCAGCCCAGUACCCGACGACCCCAUCCACAUCCACCACCAGCAAAACCACCACCACCAGCACCACCACCAGCAACCCCCCACCCCUCUCAAAAUACUUCCCAGCCACCCCAGCCGCCCAGCCGCUGGUCGUCUUCCACCUGGGCGCCCGCGUCAACCACCCGCUGGGCAUGUUCGCCCCAGGCUGGAAGGAGCUGGGCGCGUACAACCAACGGAUGCUGACGUCGAUGACCGCGGACGCCGAGAAGUACGGGCUGCUGGGGGUGUCGCACUGGACCAAGGACUCGGCUGCCGCGGGCAACGAGUCGAUGUCGAUGUUCUAUCUGCGGGACUACGACGCGCUGCACCGGUUCGCGCACGACCCCGUGCACAUGGCCGGGGUGCGGUGGUGGGCCGACGUCGUCAAGGCGCAUCCGCACAUCGCCAUCUACCAUGAGACCUACCUCGUCAAUCGGGGGCAGUGGGAGAAUAUCUACAUCAAUUCGCAGCCGACGGGGCUGGCGGACGCGUGGUUUCCGGUUUCGGUGGAGGAGCAAACGGGAAAGGGGCAGAGGAUGUGGGUGAGGGCUCCGGUGGAUGCGCGCGGGGGCGCGCUGCGGUCGGCCUCGCGGCGGUUGCAGCGCGGGUGGUUGGAGGAGGUCGAGAAGGUGGAGGGGGAGUUGUAUGAUCGGAGUUUUGCGGCGUGAGGUCGGAUGAUUUGGAGGGUUUAGGUGUGGUGGUGAGAAGGUUGCGAUUGGCUUGCUGAUGGAUACUGUUUUAUGGGUUAGGGCAGGAGUGGGAGAUUAACACAGGCCAGGGUAUGACUCUUACAGUAUUAUGUGCAUUUUAGUACACGACUUUCUUGUGUCUUGAAUGGGAAAGAACAACAUUGUUCAAUCG